AAAAAUUAUAUAUUUUUGAAAUUCUUCGUUUACGUCGCUUCGUGACUGUAGCGUGAAAAACUCAUCGCAUUUUCCAUCAUAAUCAUACACAUAAAUCCGAAGAGAGAGGGCAUCAUCCCAAAAAAAGAUACACCAAAAACAAGAGAGUUUUCCUGCGAUCAUUAAAAUUGCGAGGAGGAAAUUUUUCGAAAGCUACAAAUUUUCCGACACCACAGUUUUCGGUCUUCAGUCUGAGGAAAACUAUCGGGGCUCCAGGUAGACGCUGGACGUGUAUGCUUAAAAACGAAAAUAAUUUUAUUCUAAAAAAAAAGUUGUGUCUGUAUCUAUAGGAGGCAUGAGUGUUCUUUUUUUAUGUGCCCAUAAAAUUUAAGUCUUGAUUUUUCAAAGAUAUUGAAAAAUAAUUGUGGAAAUAUUUUUCUCAAUUGUCCUUCGCGGCGGUUAAUUUUUUAAAAUAGUUUUUUGAUUUUUGUUUUGAAAUUAAAAAAAAAAUCACAUUUCUGUCUUUUAAUGCAAAAAAUAAAUAAAAAUACCACAGAAAUGUGAGAAAAUAUAGUGAAAAAGUUAUAUUUUUGUCUGUGAGCUAAUUAUAGUUUUUUUUUUCUGCUUCUAAAAAUUAAUUUCAAAGAAAAGCCAAGAAAAUAUAAAUAAAUUUCAAAAUUAAAUUAAAAGAAAGAAGAAUAAAAAAAAAAGAAAUCAUACAAAAGGUAAAGUGAGUGAGAAAAUUGUGAAAAAGUUCUUCUGGUUUUUUUGUUUGUGAGAGUGUUUUUGUACGAAAUAAUUGGAUUUCCUGUGAAAUCCAAUGGAUUAACUUCUCUCCAUACAGGAUACGGAUACGACACGGAAAAAAAAUAAAAUGGAUAAAGCAGCGCACGCAUCAGAAUCUCAAAAGGCAUCAACUACUGGAAGCACUGCAUCAUCAGCUUUAUUACCAGCAACAUCAAUAUCAACCUCUUCACUACCACAAUUAACAUUCAGUGAAAACUCCAGCUCCCUGGUCAGAUGCAUUCCCAACGAACGGGCUACAUUUUUUGUAAAAAUCGAUUGCCCCGAUGAUCCGGAGAUUCUUCCGCUAAAAUUCGAAUGGAGCCGUGGUGAAUUACCAAUUGAGAACUCUGAUCGUUUCCGUAUAACACAAACCAGCAAUGCUGUUCAGUUAGCCGUUGAACAUGUACAACGCGAAGACGCCGGUCACUACACGCUCUACGCUCGCACUAAAGCGGGCAACGUCAUACGAAAAGACGUUGAGCUGCUUGUCGAAGACAGAUCGACAGGCGAUGAUCCGCCAAUAUUUUUGCGUCGCCUGGGCGAUCUGUCUGUCAAAGUCGGAACCCGAACAAGGCUGCUCGUUGAGAUUCGCAGCUCAACUGAUGUCAAGAUAACUUGGUAUCGAAAUGAUCGUCGAAUCUGUGAAAACGAUCGAAUAAAGCAAAUAAACGAGGGAUCGUUCUAUUGCAUCGAAAUUACUCCGGUAAUUCUGGAGGACGGAGGACAGUGGAUGGUUAUGGCAGAGAAUUUGGGGGGUCGAAACUCUUGCAUAGCUCAUCUAAAUGUCCUCGUUCCGAAGGCUUACAAGUCACCAGAAUUUAUCGAGGAACUACGAGCAGUGCUCACCGAUCAGGGAACAGUAUCAUUGGAGUGUAAGGUUGUCGGGGUGCCAACUCCGGUAUUGAGGUGGUUUAAAGACUCGAAAGAAAUUAAGGCUGGCGAUGUUUUCGCUCUCACUGCCAAUCCUGAUGAUCCCACCUCACUGGGAACGUAUACCUGUGAGGCGGUAAAUUGUAUGGGUAAAACGUAUUCUAGUUCAAAGGUUCAUGUCGUUGGUAGGGGCAGUCGUGAGGGAUCACUGAAGCCUGCUGAUAGCGUUCAAAACAACGCACCACCUCCGAUAUUUACAAAUGAAUUGCGUGGAACAUCGGUACGCAUCGGUGACACAAUAAUUCUCGGCUGUCAAGUUGUUGUUCCUCCAUGGCCAAAAACUGUUGCCUGGUACAAUAAAGAGGGACGUGUUGAAGCCAACGAUAAAUACAAAUUGAUCGAAGAUGGUCUUGGUGUUUAUAUGAUUGAAAUCAAGCCAUCCGAAAGUUGUGAUGAAGGUGAAUGGAAAUGUGUAGUAACUAGUCAAGAAGGAUGUGUUGGAAUAUCAUCAUGUUCUGUUGCAAUGGAUAUUCCUAAAAACUAUCGAAAACCCCGUUUCAUGGAAAGUCUCAAAGCCGUACUAACCGAAGAAGGUCUAGUAUCAUUCGAAUGCAAAGUUGUUGGAUUCCCAACACCAACUUUAAAAUGGUUCAAAGAUGGUCAAGAACUUAAACCGGGUGAUGUCUACCAAUUGACCGGAACAAAUUCUUUAGGAACCUAUUGUUGCAUUGCAAAGAACUGCAUGGGCGAAAAUAGUAGUGUAGCUGUUCUAACAAUUGAAGAUAUCGAAAAUCAAUUAAACGAUGAAGAACGAAUUAUGUUUACCAAACAAAAUCAACCGCCGAAAUUUGUUUCCGGUUUGAAGACACAAGAUGCUAAAAUUAACGAACCUUUCCGAUUCACUGUGACGGUUAAGGCUUUGCCAGACCCAGUUUUAUCAUGGUUUCGGGAUGAAUUGCCAAUUGAAUCGAACGAACGCUAUCAUCAUUAUGCCGGAGAACCAGAAACUUAUCACUUGGACGUAAAAUGUGUAGAAUUUGUUGAUCAAGCCGAAUGGAAGUGUGUAGCUGUAAAUGACUUUGGAACCAGUGUUACAUCAUGCUUUUUGAAACUUCAAAUUCCGAGACAUUUCAAGAAACCAAGGUUUUUAGAGUGUCUUCGAGCUGUUCUAACUGAAGAAGGAGCUGUUAACUUGGAAUGUAAGGUUAUUGGAGUUCCUCAACCAGUCUUGAAAUGGUACAAAGAUGGAAUCGAACUAAAGCCAGGAGAUAUACAUCGAAUAAUUUCGGGGCAAGAUGGAACUUGCUGCUUGGGAACCUACACUUGUGAGGCACGAAAUUGCAUGGGAGUCGUUGCAAGUUCAGCUUCUCUUCUUGGCUUUGAAGAUGCCUACAAGAAUCAAAAAGCUGAACCACCUGUCAAUGAACUUCAGAGAAACUUCUCGCUUUCCACCAUUCAAGAAGAACGAACUUCCCAAAUGUAUGAAAGUGCCGUUGGAGAUAUCACCAUUGACGAAAAAGGCGAUAUUUCCUUUUCUUUCGAUGGGAAGGAGGUUUCUGUAUCACUUUAUGAAACACCAGAUUUGACCGAAGAAGAAGCUUUGAAGAUUGUCGAAAUGUAUGCCGAUCAAAUCUCAGAACAUGUCACAGAACAAAAUAUUGUUGAACUUCCACCUCUAAGAUUCAUUAAGGAAACUUCCCAAUCUGGAAAUCUUCUUAUGGAAGCUGUUGUCAUUGAUAUCGCUCCAGAUUACUUCGUCCAUGAAGAAGAUAUGCGUACUGAAGCUGGUAUGGAUGAUAUAUCAAUUUGUGAAGUUACUAUUCAUGGUUCUUCCGGAGAUAAAGAUGAAGCACAACUUGAUAAAGAAACUGAAGAAUUUGCUAAGAAAAAUAUUGAAAAAAUGGAAGAAGAGCUAGCUUUAACUGCUCCAGCAAGAAAACGCAAAAAGUCUCGUGGUACAGAAGUUGAAGAAUAUUUCAGUUUGUCAUUUUCAAAGGCUUCGGAGAGUCAAGGUGAUGAAGAUACUUCGGAAUUACAGACUUUUGCAAGUGCUAGUAAUCAAAUGACUUCAUCGAAAAUUGAAUCUUUAGAAAUGGAAGAGAAUCGGGUGGAAGAAGAUGUUCAGCCGCCGAAGAGAAAGAAGGAUAAGAAAAGUCCUGAAACUGAUUCAGCUAAGACUACUGAAGCAGAAGCUUUGUUAAUGGAUGUUUCAGGAGCAGCUGGAGAUGGUCUUCAGUUACUAAAACCAUCAAAAGUAGUAACUGACGAAGGUGAAAUUGAGAAGAAUAUUAAAUCUCUUCUUCCAUUGGCAAAACUGUUGAAGACUAUCGAAACACAUUUGGUUGCUGUUGAGAGUGAGGUGACUUCCCAGUCUGCUAUGAUGAUGUCUCCAACUUCUGCCGAACAGAGUAUUGGAAUCAUUCGAAAUGUUCUCGAACCUAUUAAGCAAAUUCAAGGAAAAAUGAAGGUCUACUCUGGGGAGAUUCCUAUUGAGGUUCUCUUCCAAUCAAUGGAAGGCGAUAUCAAGGCCUUACACACUGGCUUACAGGUGAUUGAGAAAUGCGUGACAAUGGACGAGACCGGAGUGACUCUAAUUCAAAGAACCAGCGUUUGUAUAAUUGAUAGCGUGGGUGAACAAUUUGUGAAGACCUUUGAAGAAGUGAAGAACAUUGCAAACAGCUUUGAGUCAGAACAUAUCAAGAUGCAGACUGAUAUAACAGCUGAAGAUAUUCAACAAGGAAUUCAGAUAACCCAAGACACGAUUAAAUCUCAAACACUGUUACAAGAAGCUCAAGACAUUGAGACUGCUCAACAUGUAUCGGAUUCAGUAGCUAAGCUUCAAACAAUACCCCAAACGGUUCCAUUUGAUGCUGUUACCGAUGCAAAGCUUCCAUCAGAAGCUGAUUCACUGAAGCUUAUCUGUCGUCCAGUGAUAAAGAUCCAACAGGCUUUGGAAAACAUUGAGAAUGAAUUGUCGAUGGAAGAAAAUGAAGAAGAGUUAUAUUCUCGUGUUCAUGAAACCGCUCUUCUGAAUCUUCAAGGCCCAAUUGAUGAGCUUCAGUUGGAAGUUGAUAAAAUCGAACAGAAAGUGGUCGCUGCAGCUGGGAGUGAAACUAUUGAGCAAAAAAUCAACAUGACUAUCUUGGAUAUUGUAAGCCCACCUCUCUUCGAACUGAAGAAAGGCUUGGAAAUAAUAUCGAAGCAGUCUGCUGGAAAUAUUCACUCUGGAAUGAUGACUGUAAGUGCUAUUGAGUCGAUGGUGCCACCUUUACAGGAGAUUCAGAACGGUCUAGCUCAAUUGGGUCAAGAUAUUGAAUUCGGUCAGGUUAAAGAAGACUUUGUUCCUGAUUCAGCUGAUACCCAGAAGCUUCUUCAGUCAAUAGCUCAAGGUGUUUUACAUUUUGAAACAAAUAUUGAACGAUUAUCCCCGAGAUUGUCUCCAAAUCUUCAAGCAGGCUUGGUGGGCUUGAAAGAUGAACUUUCCCGUUUGAUUGGAAAUAUUCUAGAUUGCAGUCUUAAUAAAUAUCGACUCACGGUUCUUGAGAAUUUGAAGACACCUAUUGACGAAUUGAAUUAUUGCCUACGUCAAACUGAACAAAAGUCGAUAUCAGGUUCAUUGAGCGACUUGAUAGAUCCGAUUCGAAGCCUUCGGGAGAAAGUUCAACUUGGAGUCGAUAUUUUAUCGAUAUCCGAUCUUCAACAGAACGACUUGAACAUUCGAAGUUUGAUGCAGAUUAAGGAAAUCAUAAAAACAAUCGAGAUCGACAUUGAAGAACAUGAGUUCAAAUUGCUUCAGAAAGAGAUUGAGUUGGAUGAAAAACAAGCUACUGAGGGCGAUCAAUCUUUUGUGUCAAUGAGAGAAGCUUUGUCAUUGCAGAUAGCUAUGGAAGAAGGACAAAAAACUGUUGCAAAGAUUGAAGAAAUCCAUGAAUGCUUGGCUACUCUAGAAAAUGCAACAGUUCUGGAAGACGCCAAGACCUUGACAACCGAAAAUAUUUCCGUCUUAAAGAAAAUGGCUAAGCCUGUAAAAGAGAUGUUAGAAUGUGUGGCUUUGAUUAAAAGCGGUGCUGCAUUUGAUACUGUUGAAGACUUCAGCACCGAUGUGAAUGUUAAAGUUCUUCAAGAAAUAGCAGAACCUAUAAAUGAUCUAGCCGAAGCUCUAAAAGUUAUUACAACACCCAAGGUUCUUGAAGCUGAAAAGUCGUUAUCAACCCAAGAUGAUAUUUCAGCUUUGAAGACCUUAGCUCAACCAAUUCAAGAGCUGAGAAAUUGUAUUGCAAAGCUUGGUCAGGAAGCUGCUUUUGAUGAACAAGUUCAAAGCUUUGAAGAACAACAAGCUAUUUUGAAGAUUGCCAAGCCAUUGAAUGAGCUUCAAGAUUGUUGUGACGGAUUUAUUCGACAAGCUAUGGUAGAGACAAUGGAAGAUGUAUCAACUUUGGAAGAUAUCUCAGCACUCAAAACUGGCGAAAUAGCUGCAGAAGUAUCCUCUCAACGGACUUUGUUGAGUCAGGAAGAUCAACCGAUGGAAGAAAUUCAAAAUCUUGAACUUGACAAUGUGAAACAACUCAAAGCAGAAGCUCUUCUAACUGAUCUUAAGCAAAGUCUUACAUCAGUGGUAGCUUUUUGUUCACAACACGAUGUGUCUUCAUUGAAGGGAGAAACUUUAAAUAAGUUGCAUGCAACUGUAACAAAGCUUAAAGACCUAGAAAAAUGUGUUGCUGAAGUUUGUGAAGUCAGCGUUCGUGAACAAAUGCCUUCUGUUUCUGAAAGAACUGAUCCAAGAACUCUAGCUGAAGCAAUUAUGAGUCUUGAAUCUUGUGUUGUACAAGUUCAAGAUUGCUUACCAGAGGAAGGUCUAAGAAGUCUAGCAACAGAAGGUCUACCAAUCUCACAACUUAAAGUAUCAGCUUUAUCUGCUCCUCUUCAGGAACUUAGAGAAUGUCUUCAAGUCUUUCAUACUCAAGAAUUUGAAAAUAUUGAUACUUUCAGUGUUCCCAAAGUUUCUUUGGUUUCUCGAGAACAAGUUGACGAAAUCAUACCAUUUGUUGUAGCUGUACAAGAAAACCAAGCUCUCGAGACCUUACAAAGUUUAAUUGAUGUGGAGAACUUGGAAAUGUGUAAACAAAUUAUUGCACCAAUUCAACAACUUCAACAAGCUGUUCUUGUUCAAGAUCAGCAACAUGUAUCUCAAGUUGAUAAUGUCUCAAGUCAAACUACUUUGGCAACAUUUGCAAAGCCUUUAAUGAGUCUUCAAGAGGCUAUUGUCAAUAUUCAAGAACAAUAUCCAUAUUCAACUUUCGAGACAUGCCCAGAAUUUAAGAUCUUGAAAGAGAAAUCGAAUGCAAUUUAUCAACUGUUAAAAUAUGUAGAACACGUAAAUUGUGAAGCUCUAGAUAAUGUUGCUGAAAUGUCAACACAAGCUGAUGUCUCAGCUUUAGAAACAUAUGCUGCUUCAUUAGAAGGUAGUGAAAUAAUGCAAGCAUCAAUUCAAACAGAACCUAAAAUCAUGGAACCAGCUGAUAUGAAAGCUUGUGUUGAAGACGGAAUCAAACAGAUCGAUAGUUGUCUUGACAAGGCAACCUUCAAAAAGUCCAAAGACUUGAAAGAAGUUGAAGCCGUUAUGAAAGAACUUAAAAGCAGCUUCCAACAAAUGCAAGUUGAGCUUAGCAAAGAGUCUGAAGGUGAGUCUUCGAUUUUAGCUAAAUCUAACAUCGCUAGAACUCUCUUCAAGCUCAAAGAGUGUCUUGUUCAUACCUAUGAAGGUGGUUAUGAAGAGUCUCUUGAUGAUAUCGAGAAGACGUUUGAAGAUAUUCUGCAAGCUUUACCAGAGUUGGAAGUUUUGUUGGCUGAGCAAAUGAGUACAAAGGUUUUGAGUAAAAUCAGUGAAACAGUUAACAUUUCCGAGAGGUGUGCAGAAGUACAUGAUGCUCAUGUAGAAUUUAUGAAACGGUUGGUGGUACCUUUCAAUGAGCUAGCAGCUGAUAUUGAACGACUUGGAAAAAGUACCGAAACCGAAGUUUCGAAAUCUUCUGCACAAAUGAUUGGUUUGCAAUCUCGCCUUAUGAAUGCUUUUAGAGCUCUUAACGAGGUUAGUGAAAGUGUUCCAAAUGAGCUUUUGGAUCAUGUUUUGACUGGGCAAAGUGUUUUGGUAUCGGUCUUUGAUUUUAUUGAAGCUACUGAGUCUUUGCGGGUGAUUGAAGUUAUUCAGGAAAUUGACAAUCUUCUUGGACCUUUGAGUGGAAUAAAUGAAAUUCUAAGUCAAACAUUGCAAAAGGCUGAUGGACAACAGUUGGAUGAAUUGUUAGAGCCUGUGAAGGUAGCUCAAGAACUUCUCACGACAGUACAGGAACAAUUGGCAAGUGGCAGUGAGUUGGCAACUAAAUUGGCAACAUCGAAUGAAACUGUCAUUCAAGAGCUUCAGGAGAAGAUUGAAAAGAUCGAGACCGAAAUUUUGGUCAAGGAAAAUCUUUCACAGCUUUCAGCAGAAGAAGUUAGAGGUAUUCAGUCCAUUGGGAAACCAUUGGAAAAGCUUCAAGAAUCUUUGGUUGAGUUAGCAAAUCAGCAACAAAUGGAAAUGAGUAUUGAAACGACUCACAAACGUAAGGCAGAAAUUGAAGAGACAAUUGCUGUGGAAAAAGAAGAAGAGCAGAAACAGGUUCCUGAAAAGAAAUCAAGGCUAUCAGAGAGCAGUCCUGAGAAAUCCAUCGAAGAAAAACCUUCGAAAAAAGAAGAAGAAGUGAAAGAAGCAGUUGUCGAUUCAUUUAUAGCACCAGAAAUUCAAACAACUCCGACUGAAAAUAAAUCUGAAGAAAUAGUAGCUGAAGAACCAUCUACACCUAAACCAUUACAAGAAGAACAAAUACCUGUUUCAUCAAAGCCUGAGUUAAAGAAAGACGAAAAAUUUGAGACCCUUGAUUUACCAGCAAUCAAGUCUCAAAUCGGUUCUGAAAUGUUUAAAAGCUUCGAGUCAUUACGAAUUCUUAAACAGCAAAUUGUUACAGCUAAAGAUAAAAAAGCUCAAAAAGCCUCACAAGAACUUCUUAGCACCCUUGAAAUAACUGUUUGUGAUAUAGAAAAAGUUCUACUAAGCAGUUCUGCUGAAACCGUUGAAGAUACUCUCUUCUUGCCUCUCUUCAAAAUGCGGGAUCUAUUAGCAUUUAUUAAACAAAAUCCCGAAACCAAUUUAGAGAAUGAAGAAAUUUUAGCAAUGACAAACAAAGUUUUCGUUUCAAUUUUAAACAACAAUGCAGGCUUGAGAAGAGCUUUUCUACAAGAUCUAAUUCAAACACCAAAAGAUGGUCUUUCGAAUAUAAUUCCUCUUUUAGAAGAAUCACAAGGUCUAGAAACAUGUAGGAGUCUUCUUACAGUUGUUCAAAAGCUUGAUUCAACAUUGAAUGUAAUUGUUACUAAAAAUGAAGGUUCUCUUGGAAGAUCUUCAGAAGCAUUUAUUAAUCUUCGAGAGAAUCUUAAGGAACUAAGAAGUCAAGCAGAAGAGCUGGGUAAAAGAUUGCCAAGUGCUUUUAAGCAGACAUGUGUUGAGCCAAUUGUGAAAAUAUGUGAAGCUAUUGAAGAUAGUAAAACUGAAGAUGCUAUCGAAGUUCUUCAGGAGAUGGAAGCUCUUAAGGGGCCUUUGAAAGUUUUGAAGGAAACUAUUGCUAAAAAUAUAAAGAAUUUCAAAGAAUCUCAAGAACUUGCAGAAAGUUUGAAAGCAAAGGAAGAAAAGGUUGAACAAGUUUCCAUGAAGGACACUAAGAAAUCGAAGGAAGAACCUGAUUCUAUCAAAGAGGAAAAAGCUACCGAAGUCGAACCGAAAACCGCUGAAGAUCAGAAACCACAAGAAGAAGAGAUUGUAGAAAAAGAAGUUGAAAAACCAGAGAAAACCGAGCCAAAAAAGAAGAAAGCUAAAGCUAAGAAAGAAACAGCAGAGAUUGAAGAAAUAAAUGAAGCCAAAAUGAAAGCUGAAGCAUUGGAAAUUGAGAAAUUAGAAGCCCAGAGAGCUCAGUUAUUGGAACAAGAAAAGAUAGAGCAAAAGAAAAUGGAAGAUUCUAAAAAGGAAAUCCAAAUAUCAGAAAUUGAAGCAGAAGCGAAGAAAGCGGACACAUUGACAAAAGAGAUAGCUGAGGUUGAAGAAAUCAGUGAAACGAAGAAAAAAUCUGAAACUAAAGAUAUUGAAAAGCCACAAGUUGAAGAAGCAAAAUUACUUGAAGCUGAUAAAAUAGAACAACAAAAAUUGGAAGAAUCUGCCAAGCAAAUACAAAUUUCAGCAGUUGAAGCAGAGUCUAAAAAAGCUGAAACAUUGAUGAAAGAGACAGCUGAGAUUGAAGAAGUGAGUGAAACCAUUAAGAAAGCUGAAGCUAAAGAGAUUGAAAAGCUACAAGCUGAAGAAGCGAAAUUACUUGAAGCUCAGAAGAUAAAAGAACAACAAUUAGAAGAAUCUAAAAAGGAAAUCACAAUUUCAGCAGUUGAAGAAGAGUCUAAGAAAGCUGAAACUUUGAUGAAAGAGACAGCUGAGAUCAAAGAAGUAGGUGAAACAACAAAGAAAGCUGAAGCUAAAGAAAUUGAAAAACAACAAGCUGAAGAAGCAACACUACUUGAAGCUGAGAAAAUACAACAACAGCAAGUGGAAGAAUCGAAAAAGGAAUUAGAAAUCAAAAAAAUUGAAGCAGAAUCUAAGAAGGCUGAACUGUUGAAGAAAGAGACUGCUGAGACUAAAGAAGUAAGUGAAACAGCAAAAGAAGCUAAAGUUGAAGACGUUGUAAAGCCACAAGCUGAAGAAGGAAAACUACUUGAAGCUGAGAGGAUUGAACAACAGCAAGUGGAAGAGUCUAAAAAGGAAAUAAAGAUUUCAGAAGUUGAAGCAGAGUCUAAGAAAGCUGAAACUUUGAUGGAAGAGACAGCUGAGAUCAAAGAAACAAGUGAAGAGACAAGGAAAGCUGAAGCUAUAGAAAUUGAAAAACCACAAGCUGAAGAAGCAAAAUUACUUGAAGCUGAGAAAAUAGUAAAACAGAAAUUAGAAGAAUCUAAAAAGGAAAUGAAGAUAUCUGCAGUUGAAGAAGAAGCUAAGAAAGCUGAAGUUUUAACAAAAGAGACAGCUGAGAUUGAAGAAGUGAGUGAAACAGCAAAGACAGCUGAAGUUAAACAGGUUGAAAAGCCACAAAGUGAAGAAGCAAAAUUACUUGAAGCAGAGAAAAUAGAACAACAGAAGUUGGAAGAAUCUAAAAAGGAGUUAGAAAUCAAGAAAAUUGAAGCAGAAUCUAAAAAGGCUGAAUUGUUGCAAAAAGAAACUGCUGAGUUAGAAAAAGUUGUCAAAGAUGCUCAGAAAAUUGAAACAAAAGAAAUUGAAAAGUCAAAUAUUCUGGAAGCACAAUUGCUCACAGGGGAAAAGGUGGAAGAACAACAGGUUGAAGACUCAAGCAAGAAAAUAGAAAUUGCAGAAAUUGAAGCAUCAGCAUUGGCAGCUGAAAAGUCUGUCACAGAACCAGAAAAAGUUGAAAAGGGAAAAGUUUCGUUACCUGCUCAAAAAAUUGAAGAACAAGAAGUUGAAGGUGUUAAGCCACUUAAAGCAGAUGUUACCGAAGCACACUCAGAAGAUGCUACAAAACUUGAAGCAAGUGAAGAAAAGAUAGAAGCGACUAGUGUUCCUCAAGAACCAAUGGAAAUCACUGAAACAGUUUCAGAAGUUGACACAAUUUCAAUUGCUAAAACAUUGGAAGUGAUUACUAAUUUGUCUGAAGACUCAGAAGCCGCAGUAGCUAUUGCAAUGAGUGAACUGAAUGAUUUGAAUGAUGAGCUAGCAGCUGGUGCAAAUGAUGACGAAAAACUCCUCCAGUCAGUGAGAAAAGCUUACUUCAAACUAAGAGAAUGCAUUGUUCAUACCUACGACGGAAGUAAGGCUUCCGAUGAUGAAGAAGAAGCUAAUCUUCAGGUUAUUGAUGAAGCCUUUAAGAACAUUCUGGAUUCUAAUCCGUUUGUUAGGAAUCAAAUUUCCAAUGAGCUUAUGAAUAAUGCAGCUGAAUCAAUCGAAAAGCUAAAGAAAUCUUUGUCUGAACGUUCCAGUGAGAAAUUACCUAAAGAAUUAGGACCUUUAUUACAACAUUUGGGUGUUUUAAAAGAAUCAAUUGAAAUGCUUAUGAAAUCUGACGAUGACUCAUUCGAAAAGGCUUCAAAUAAAAUGAUUUCUUUGCAAACCUGUUUAAUGGAAACCUUCUUUAAACUUGAUGAUCUUGCAUCGAAUCAGGAUAACAAAGAUGUUAAGGCAGCUUUGGUAAAUGCUCAAGAAAUUGUUUUGAAAAUUCAUGAUCAUUUCGAUGUUCCGCAACAAAUUAUACCGAAGAUAAAGAUUUCAGAAGACUUAAGCCGAUUGUCAGGGCCUAUGGAGAGAAUUUUAAAACUCUUAGGGCUUGUAAUGGCAAAAGAAGAAGAAAUGAUAGUGGAAUCAAAAGAAGAGGAGAGCAAACUAGAAGCUUUGGAAGAAUCUGAGAAGGUGCCAGAAGUUGAGAAACAAAAAGAAGAAGUCAAAGAGAAGAUCGAGAUAGAUGAAUCACAAAAACUUGAGAAUGAUCAACAAGUGGUGGAAAAGAUCUCAGAAGUUGAUAAAACAAAGGAAAGUGAAGACACAAAACCAAAACAAGAAACUGCAUCGCUGGAAAAAAUGGAGGUUGAAGUUAAAGAGGUUUUGGAAACGGAGCCGCAGGUAGACAAAAAGAAGAAGGGUAAAAUAGCUGAAGUACCAACUGAAGUUGCUGAAGAGAAGAAGGUUGAAGACGCAAAGAAAGAUCUUCAAGUGGAAGAAAUAACUGUGAAAAAAUCAACUGCAGAAAUUUCUAAAACAGAAGCUGAAAAAAUUGAAAAACGUAAAAUUGAAGACUCCACCCGUAAGUCUUCAAUUGUCGAUAUCAAGACCGAUGAACCACAUGUUGCGAAAAUUGCAGAGAUUGUAGAAGCUGAAUCUGCAAUAGUUCCCGAUGCGAAGAAGUCAUUAGAAAUUGUAGAUGUUACACUUGAAGGAAAAGUAGCAGAAAAGUCUGUAACAGAACCUGAAGUUAUAAUUGAGAAAAAAAUCGAUUCAACAACUCAGAAGCUUAAAGAGGAAGAAAUUGCUUUAACAAAGCAAAAAGCUGAAAAGUCAGUGACUGAAGCUGAAAAAAUUGUUGAAGAAAAACUUAGCGAAGAUCUACAAAAGGUGGAGGUCAGUGAAGAUGUUCCUUUGACUAAAACUGCAGAAAAAUCGGAAAUCAAGGCAGAAAAAAUAGAAGAAAAGACAUUAGAGGCCAAAAAGAUUGAAGCUGAAAUUACUGAAGCUUUGCCAGAAGCACAAUCAGCAGAAAAGUCUGUAACGGAACCUUUAUCAGCUGAACUUGAAGAAAUGAAAGUUACUGAUCUUAAACCAGAAGUAAAAGAAAUAAAAACUGCUGAUUCCCAAAAGGCUGAGGUUUCUGAAAUCAAGCUUGAAAAGAUAGAAAAAGAUGAGGUGAUUGAUAAUAAGAGUGCCACCGAAAUCAUCGAUGUCAGUCCUAAGUCAUUGGUUGCUAGAAAGUCUAUAACAGAACCAGAAGAAGUGAAGAUUGAGACUUUGAGUGAUUCAGCCAAACAGAAAAAAGAGGAAGAAAUUAAGUCUCCUGAAGUUCAAGUAGCUGAAUCUUCCGAGGUUAAAUUAGAAGAAAUCGAAAAGAAGACAAUUGAAGAAAACAAAAUGAAAAUUAGUUCCGAAGAAGUUAAACCUGAGAAGUUAGUUGCUGAGAAAUCGAAAACAAAAGCUGAUAGGGUUCAAGUUGAGACUAUUAGUGAUUCAUUGGAGAAGGUAAAAGUAGAAGAUGUUAAAGCACCUGAAGAUCAAGAAGCAGAAAUUUCCGAAGUAAAGCUUGAAAAGAUUGAAAAAUUAUCAGUUGAGGACAACAAGGUAGCCGUAAGUACCCAAGAAGUUACACCAGAAAAACAAGCAGCAAAGAAAUCUAUCACAAAACCGGAAACAGUAAAAGUUGAAGAACAGUCUGAAGAUACACAAAAGGCUAUAAUUGAAGAUGUCCCUAAGACUAAAGGUCAAACCUCUAAAGUUGAUGAAAUUAAACCUGAAGUUAUCGAAAAGAAGACAGUUGAAGAUAGCUUGAAAAAACUAACUGUAUCAGAGGUAACUUUGGAAGCUCAAGAGGCACAAAAGUCUACAACAAAAGCUGAAACACUGGAAGUCGUAAAAUUAUCAGAAGAAACUCAAAAGCUAGAGGUUGCUUCGGUGAGCGAAAUUGAAACUAAAAAAGCAGAGAUUUCUGGAGAUGUAAUUGAUGAAGAAGCUAAGGCUGUUGAACUUUCAACAAAAGAACAAGAAGCACUGGAAAUGGAAGAAGCUAAAAAGUUGAAAGAAAAAGCAACCAAAAAAGAAGUUGAAGAAACCAAAGAAGAUAAGAAAGAAGAAGAUGCUCUAGUCAAAGAAACUGAUGACAAAAAAGUUGAGGAAAAGAAAGAAACAAAAAGAAGAAAAUCAAAAUCCAGUCCCGAAAAGAAGAAACUUGAAACUGCAAUUUCCAAAGAUGAAUUGAAGACUGAGCAGAUAGAACAAAGUACUGAAGAGAAAACUAAGAAAGAAGAAGCUACUUUCGCUGACAAGCCUGAGACACCAAAACCAGAAACUCAAAAGAAACUUGAUGAACAAAAAAUUGAAGAAGUAACUCCAGCACCAUCUGAAACCAAAAAAGAUGAAGAGAAAAAAGAAGUUGAAGACAAGAAGCUAAAGAGGAGAAAAUCAAAGGCAAGCCCAGAAAAGAAGAAAGAAGUGGAAGAAGUUACUAAGCUUCAAUCGGAGAAAGAAGAUAUAAAGGUAACUGAACAACAAAAGGAACACACAGAAGUUAAGAAAGAAGAAGCCGAGGAACAGGCAGCAAAACCAGAAGUAAGUGCUGAAAAAGUCAAAGAAGUAAAAGAAAUAGAAGCUUCAGUACCAUCUGAGAAAGUAAAAGAAAUAAAAGAAGCACCAUCUGAGGCACAAAAAGAAGCAGAGAUAAAAGAAGAUGAACCCAAGAAGAUCAAAAGAAGAAAGUCAAAGGCAAGUCCAGAAAAGAAGAAAGAAGAAGAAAAACCGGCUGAAAUUGUAAAAGACGAUGUAAAAUCAACCGCAGAAGAAGAUGUUAAGACAAAGAAGGAAAUUAAGCAGACAGAAGAAGAAAAACUUGUUGAAGAAAUUACAGAAAAGGUUCCUGAAAAAGAUAAACCAGAACAAAAACCAUCUGUUUUAGAGGCAGCAACUUUGAAGAAAAGUGAAGAACCAAAAGAAAAAGAAGCUACCCAAAAAGAAGAAGAAGACAAAGAUACAGAAGAAAAAAAGAUAAAAAGAAGGAAAUCAAAAGCCAGUCCAGAAAAGAAGAAAGAAGAAGAGUCGGUUUCUCAACCCAUUAAAGAUGAUCAGAAGACAGAGAAAAAAGAUACAAAGACAACAGAGGAAACCGAAAAGAAAGAAGUGGAAAAAGUCAAAGAAAUUUCACAGGUGUCUAAAAAAGAAGAAGACAAAUCAGAACCAACAGUGGCAGAGAAAUCUCUACCUCAGACCGAACUUAAGAAAGAAGAAGUUAAGACCUUCAAAUUUAACGUUCUUAAAAAAAUUGUCGAAACUGUUCAAGAUAGUUCGUCCAUUACAAAGGAAAUCAAAUCUACUUUUGCCAAUCUUACUAAGCUUAAUGAACAAGUUCAAGCUCAACCAAGUGAUGAGAAUCUUCUCCGGACUAUGUCUGAAUCCUAUUUGAAACUUCGAGAACAGAUUGUCAAAAAAGAUGACUCGAGUUCGACAAAAGUUACAGACAAGAAGUUGGUCGAACUGAAAACUUCUCUCAUUGAGUCUCUUGAACCAAACCAUGUUCUCAAAAAGUACAUUUCAAAUAAUAUCAUGAAGGCUUCACUUUCUGAGAUGGAAACAUUAAAAAAUAAUCUCAUGGAAAACUCGUCCAAAAAAUCAACAAAAGUUCUUGUUCCAUUUAUUGAACCUUUAUCUAAUCUUCAAACUGCUGUUGAAAGCCUUACAAAGAGUGAAGAAGAUGGAUACGAUAAAUCAUCCGGACGAAUGGUUAAUCUUCAAUCAUGCCUAAUGGAUAUGUAUUUCUCUUGUGACGACAUUAAGCCACAUGUAGAUGAGAAACUUUCAAAAACCAUUCAAAAUAUUAUGAAAGUAAUGCUUCAAGUACAUGAUAAAGUUGAAAAUGCUUCGGAAUCAGUUGAUAGAGUUGUUAUGAGUGAAAGUAUUGAUGAUAUUUCAAUUCAAAUUCAGCAAUUUGCUGCAAUUUUAAAAUCAACUCAAGAAGAAGAAGUAAUAGAAGAAGAAAAGACACUUAAGAAACUUGAAACAAAGAAAAAAGAGGAAGAAUUGGAAGAAAAGAAGAUAACAAAACAAAAAGAAGAACCAAAGGAAGAAGAACUCCUUACAACAGUUGAAGAAAAGAAAAAGGAAGAAGUACUGGAAGAAAAGAAGAUCAUCAAAGAAAAAGAAGAACCAAUGGAAGAAAAACCUGUUACAACUGAGAGUGUUAAGAAAGUUGAAGAAAAACUACUUCCUGAAGCUGAAAUAGAUCAAUUAGUUCAAAAGAAACCAGAAGAAGAACCAAAAACUAAACCUGAUACUGAAGAUGCUUCAAAAACAAAAACUGAAAAAGUCAUUAAAAAGAAGUCUCCUUCUCCAAAAACAAGCCCGAAGAAAAAGAAAACAGAAGAUGAGCCAAAACCAGUUAAAGAAGUUACAAAAGAUGAAGACAAAUCUCCAGAAGCUAAACCAGAGAAAGUUGAAGAGUCUAAAAAAACGCCUGAAGAAGUCAACAAACCAAAAGAAGAACCCGUACCAGAAGCUAAGCCUGAGAAGACAAAAGAAAAAUCAGACAAGUUGGAACCAUCUGUUGAAGCAAAGAAAACAGAAAAAGCUAUUGAAGAUAUCGAAGAUAAUUCUUCGAAACUUAAAAAGGACAAGAAAGAAGAAACAAAAGCUAAGCCAAAAGCAGCUGUUUUAGAUGUGGAUCAACAAAAGACUGCAAAGGCUGAUCUUUCAGAUGUCAAAACUGAGAGUAUUGAAGAUAAAAAGACUAAAGAACCAGAGAAGGCUACUGAAAAAUCAGACGUUGAAACAAAACUAAUUGAAACUGCUAAAGCUAAGAUACCUCAAACAGAAACUGCAGAUAAAGAACUGGAAGUAGCAAAGAAAAAAGAAGAAGAAGAAACCAAGAAGACUGCUGCUAAGAAACCAAGUCCUAAAAAGAAGGUCACUAAGAAAGAAACUGUUGAAACUAAAGAAGAAGUAGUUGAACCUCCGAAAUCUGAAGAAGAACCAAAGAAGGUAGAAGAAGAGAUCAAACCGAGCGUAGACAAAUCUGAGCCACAAAUUGUUGAAAAGGCUGAAAAAGAAGCAGUUGAAAUUCCAGAAGAAAAAACAGAAAAUACAAAGAAGAAAGAAAUUGAAGAAGCAAAACCAGCUGAAACCAAGAAACCAAGUCCCAAAAAGAAGGUUCAGAAGAAAGAAGAAGAACCAACAAAACAGGAAUCCGAAGAAAAGGUCGAAGAAAAGACUGUCAUCGAUAAAGCAGCUGUUCAAAAGUCUUCUGAAGAUAUUGAGUACAAAAAACCUGAAGAAGUUACAGCUAAAAAGUCUGAAGAACAACCGGAAAUCCUGGAGAAACCAAGAGAAAGAAGAUUAAAGACUGAAGUAGCUGAAGAAACCAAAGAAGAACUAGAAGACAAACCAAGACAAAGAACCAGAACACGUCCAACUGAAGAAAUCGAAGACACCAGAACUAGAACACGUCCAACAGAAGAAAUCGAAGACACCAGAACUACAACAUACAAAACUGAAGAAAUUGAAGACACCAAAACUAGGACCUCAGAGAAAACAGAAAUCAUCGAAGAUUCUGUUGAAAUUAGACCAACCAGGCUAUCCAGACCCACCGAACCAGUAAAGACUAUCGAACCAUCAUCCCACGAGAUCAGAGAACGCAAAAAAGAAUCCAAACGUGCACCAAACUUCGAUCUAAAGUUAACCAAUCGAAACUCUCCACUUGGCAGCGAUAUCAAACUCACCUGUUGUAUAUCUGGCAGUGACGUGUCAGUCCAAUGGUUCAAGGACAAAACACCCAUCAAUCAGGACAGCAAACAUUCACUCAGCUACGUGGACGGCCUUUCAUCACUUGAAAUACGUUCCGUUGAGAAAACUGACUCAGGAAUUUACCGUUGCAUCGCCACAAAUCGAAAUGGUGACAUCGAAACAAGUUGCCUUGUUUCUGUUUACGAAGUUCCAACCGCCCAAUCGGGCACACCGCCAAUAUUCACUCGCAACAUUCGAGACACAUAUCAAUCUCAGAGAAAUCAGAUCAUUCUUGAAUGCAAGGUAUCUGGAAAUCCAAAACCGAAUAUAUUUUGGCAGAAAGAUAAUGUACUUUUGGAGUUCCCGAGUGAGAAAUAUCAAUUAGUUGAGCUUUUGGAAGGUAUCAAACAGUUGAUCAUAGCUAAUCCUAAUGGAGACGACUCUGGACUUUAUACCUGUUAUGCUGAAAGUAUUGGAGGACAAAUGAAAUUGAGCAAGUUCCUAGAUGUCACUGAUCAUAUUAAGGUCCGUAAGGAGGAGAAGAAUCAAGAAAAAUCAUCAUCAUCAGAAGUCGAAAAGGUUGUAGUGGAAGAUGGUAAAGAAAGAGCUGUGAAGACUAGAGAAGCAAAGAGAAAGCUUAAGGUUGAAGCUUCGUUAAAGAAUAUGGUUAUCGGAAGUGGGAAUAAGGCUCAACUUCUUUGCAAUGUCUCUGGUCCAAUUGAUGAAGUUCAAUGGUAUAAAGAUGGAGAACGAAUCUUUAAGGACAAUAGACAUAAGAUAUACAAUAUCAAUGGAACGCUAAGUCUUGAGAUCUAUGAUGCUACAACUGAAGAUUCCGGUGACUACAGUUGUAUUGCUCGAAAUGGUCAACAUCAAGCUGAGAAUAAAUGCAGUUUGAGCAUUUAUGACUCCAAACAAGGUUAUAAUCCUCCACAAAGCUUUGAUAGUGCAAUUAGAGAAUCAUUUGACGCACAUCGCAAUGAGAUCAUUUUGGAGUGUAAUGUCCAUGGCAGGCCAAGAAUCACCUGGCUUAAAGACGAUCAUAUUAUAUCGAAUAAUCGUUAUCGACAAUUUGAAGAAGCUGGAGGUCUUCGAAGACUGGUUAUUCGUAAUCCGAUUUCCUCUGAUUUUGGAUCGUUUUCUUGCUAUGCCGAAACUGAUGAUCAAAUAGAAGCUAUUGCGGUAACUUUGAGAGCUGCAGAUCUUAAGAAAAUGCAAGCCUAUACAAAUGGACAUGUUAUCGAUAACAGCAGUACUACCGAUGAUUCGUAUAAGCAAUAUCGAUCUUCCGAUAGAGAUUAUGAAGAUGAAUAUUCUCAUCAAAGUAGAUCAGCUAUGAAAGCUUCAAGCUGUGGGGCGGAAGUUCGACGAAAACCAGUCUUUAGUAUGCUUUUGAAUGAUCGAACCGUUUUAGAGGGUUCCCAUGUGAAGCUAUCUUGUAAUGUCGUUGGUGGUUGUGAGAUUAGUUGGUUGAAGAACCAUGAUCAACUUCCAUCGAGUUCAAGGUAUCAGAAACUCUUCCACAAUGGUCAAGCUACUUUGGAGAUAUUCUCAGCUGAAGCAGAAGAUAGUGGAAAUUAUGCUUGUCGAGCUUUCAACGAGUAUGGUGAAGUUUUUUCGUAUGCUCAGGUUAAAGUAUUUCAGAGUUAUGACGAGACUCCUCAACCACCAACGUUUGUUCGAUACAUGAAAGGUAAAAAGGUUCUACUUUUUAGGGAGUCAUCAUGCAUAUUUUUGUUAUAUACCUAUUCACUUAACGAGGAUGAACUCGUCUUGGACUGCCGUGUUAGGGGUCAUCCUAGACCUGAAAUUCAAUGGAUGAAGGAAAGCGAUAUGAUUAGUGCUGAUUCGAAAUACCGUCCGAUUUCUUUGAGCGAUGGUUACUGCAAGCUUAUUAUCAACAAUCCAACUGAAAAAGAUGCUGGAGUCUACUCUUGUGUAGCUAGAAAUAGUGUUAAAGAAGAAAAGAUCACUCAUCAAGUAGACUUUAAGGGUAAAGAUAGGGCUGCAUUGGAGAAGACACAUGGUUUCUUCCAUCGUGAUCCUAACAAGCCCCAUCUACAGAAUCCUCUGGGUAAUCAUACCGUUACUCCCGGUGGUACAAUUGCCAUUAUGGCUGAGUUCUUACCAACCAGUAGCCCAAUUGAUGUGCAAUGGUUCCGUUCAAGAGAACCAUUAGCUGGGCAGCCAAAUGUUAAAACCUUCUUUGAUCAUGGAGUUUAUACUUUGGCCAUUUCGAAUGCUGCUUCAGAAUGGGAAGGUGCUUACACGUGUAGAGCUACAAACGCUUAUGGCAGGCUUGAAACAAAUGCCUAUGUGGAUAUAGCUGAUAAAGGUGGCAAGGCUUCUGGACCGCCAUUGUUCUUGUCAAGGCCAGAUAGUGAGAUGAAGAUUGCUGUUGGUGAUCCGUUCUCAAUAUCUUUCAGACUGCAAGGUGAACCUAAACCAAAGUUGACAUUAUUGAAGGGUACUAAGGACAUCACCAAAACAGACCGGGUUAGCAAGGAAGCCUCAGACGAUUACAUCCGAUUCACUGUACAGAAAUCUACGCCAUCAGAUUCUGGUACCUAUUUCGUGGUAGCACGCAACGAGUUCGGAACUGACAGAGUAUUCGUCACAAUUACGGUACUUCAACGGGCAAGAUCAGCAACACCAACGUCACGUUGGGGUCAACCUUUAGAAAGCUUCCCAGACACUUCAUACUUUAGAGACCCACCCGGACCAAUAUCAACCGAACCAACUGUCAUCGAUGCUGGUAAGAGUCACAUAAGUUUGUCAUGGGGCAAACCUCAAAGUGAAAACUCUGCACCAGUAAUUGCAUAUCGUGUUGAUGCCUGGAUUGUGGGUAAAGAAGGAGGUGCCAUGUGGAAGGAAAUAGGAAUGACCCCAAUCAACUCGUUUGACGCCUUCAAUCUACUGCCCAACUGUGAGUAUCAUUUCCGAGUGACGCCGAAAAAUCGCUACGGAUGGGGACCAUCAGUGCAGACAAGGAGCCCGGUUCAAGUUGGAGGAGCUGAAUGUCUACCGGAGUUCGUUAAAAUUCUACCUGGCCAAACAAAGGCUCUUCUAGAGAAACAAUGCAGUUUGGAAUGUGUUGUACAAGGAGCACCAAGGCCUAGAAUUGUCUGGUACAAAGAUGGCUUACAGAUAGAGUCUUCUGAUAGAGUUAGAAUCAAGCAAUAUGGAUCUGUUUGUACUUUGCUUAUAAGUCAGGUGUUUGAUAUUGAUUCGGGACGAUAUACUUGUGAAGCAACCAAUUCCAAAGGAAGAGUUUCUACAUUCGCACGGUUGCAAGUGGUUUCCGAUGAAAAACUCUAUGCCGCUGAUCACAAGUUGAAGGAACUUAUUACCAGUGACAAUGUUGCCGCUUUGGGAGAAACCAUUCCGAUCUUUACUAUGAGACUUCGUGAUCGCCGAGUGCAAGUCACGUAUCCAGUGCGUUUAACUUGUCAAGUUAUGGGCUAUCCGAGACCAGAGAUAACUUGGUACAAAGGUGACGAUGUUGUAGAAGAAUCCAGAAGAACUGUCAUCACAGAUGAUGGACAGUUUAUUACUCUCGAAAUUACCUCAACCAAACUUGACGAUAGUGGAACCUACACUUGCACAGCUCGAAAUGAGCUUGGAUCUGUAUCAUGUCACUGCUCAUUGUUUGUUGACAAAGGUAUCCGAGCUUACAUAUCGCCUGACUUCUACAUGCCUCUAGAACCGUUGUAUGUCUUCAAAGAAGGAGAAGAAAUUCGACUGACUGCAAAGGUAGAAGCAUAUCCUUCUGUUGGGGUUUCAUGGCAUAGAAAUGGUGCCAAGUUACGUCCAAGUCGUAGAAUCUUAACCACUCUCGAUUCAAAUGGCUUCGUAGAGUUGAUCAUUGCCGAAGCAACUCAAAAGGAUGCUGGUAUUUACGUUUGCGCAGCAUCAAAUGCAGUUGGCAAAGUAGAAACAAGUACUCGUGUAACUGUUGAGGAAGUCAGUGAAGAGGAACGCAAAAAAAUGCCAACAAUUCGAGCUAGUAAUUUGCCAUACUCAAAGGAACCACUGUUUGUGGUCAAACCACGAUCUAGUGAGGCCUAUGAAGGUGAUACUGUGAUUAUAUUCUGCGAAGUUAUUGGUGAUCCAAAGCCAGAUGUCGUUUGGCUAAGGGAUUUCUUAAAGCACGCACAAAAGGGGUAA